AUAAAAAUGAAGCGAUUUGAGUGGUGAUGAUUGUUUGUGUCGGCAAUAGUUAUUGUGGUAGGGUUUUAUUUGGGAACAUUCGUUCCCUCAUUUACAAGGCAGAUGACCUUGAAGCAUCAUACUGGAACAGCAGAGAUUUUCUUUGAAGAUAAUGGGCUUCCUCAUAUCAAAGUUGAUGCAAAUGCUACAGCAGGAUACGCUCUUGGAUAUCUACAUGCAAGAGAUAGACUAUGGCAGAUGGAUUACUUAAGGAGAUUAGCACAAGGAAGACUUAGUGAAGUCCUCGGCUCAAAGACUAUCAAGUUGGAUGAAGCCAUGAAGGUGAUACAGACAACUAAAACCUGUAAACACAUCGUUACUCAGUUCGAGAAUAAAGAUGCAAAGCUCUAUAUUGAAGCAUAUGUGGAUGGAAUCAAUGACUAUGUUAAGGAAAACUCUCUACCUAUUCAAUACAAAAUCCUUUGGAGUGAAUUCGAUGAAUGGACUAUGAUAGACACAUGUGCAGCAUUCCAAUUUAUCAGGUUUUCCUUGACUCAUAAUUGGGGAUUAGAAGUUGCAAGAGAUUUUGUGAAAGCUACCACAGACAAUGAAGAAUUAAUGCAUUCUAUGUUUGCUUUUGAUCAUCAAUACUUUGAUGAAUUCAUGCACACAAUAGUAGAAGAUAGUGACUUGAGAGAGCUUAAUAUGUUUAGCCAAGCAGCUACCCAUGAAGUAGUAGAGAACCCAAGAGUCUCCAAUAUUUCUCAUUAUUUUAAAUCUGAGGUUGAAAAGGCAUUUGAUAUGAUUCAAGAAAUUGAUAUAGAAGGAAGCAACAGUUGGGUUAUCAGUGGAAAUUUAACUAAAUCAGGGGAAGCUAUUCUUGCAAAUGAUCCUCAUCUCACUAAUCAAGCUCCUUCAACUUGGUAUCCCUGUCACAUAAUGUUCCCAGACGGUACUGAUCUCUUUGGCGCUGCCAUUCCUACUUUUGGAGUUCCUGUAAUCAUUGCUACUGAUAAAAUUGCUACAGGAAUGACAUCUAUUUUUGCAGACGCCAGUGAUGUCUAUCAAGAGAUUAUUGAAGAUGAUAAGUACCUUUAUAAAGGAGUGUUUUAUCCACUUGAACAUGAAGAGCAUAUCAUCAAAGUAAAGGGAGAACCAGACCAUAAAGCAGUGUUAAAAUACACCAGAAAUGGUCCACUUAUUGAUCAAUAUUAUCAUAUCUUUGGACAUAUAGACACUCAUUGCUUUAAGUUUGAAAUAAACCAGCAUCUCUCGAUGAAGUGGAUAGGAGCAGAUCCUUAUGAAUUCAAUGCAAUGGAUAUAAUAUAUGAGGUCAUGUUUGCUGAGGAUGUUUAUGAGGUCAAAGAUCUACUCAUAAAUCUUACGGGAUUCCAACAGAAUUGAGUGUUUGCAGAUAGUCAAGGUAACAUUGGAUUUGUUCCGAUUGGAUCUUUCCCAAAGAGAAAUUAUAAAAAUCAGGGAGCCACAAUUUCACAGGGAUGGACAGGAGAGAAUGAUUGGAUUGGAUAUCUCUCUCCUGAAGAAAAGCCUUAUCUUAUUAAUCCCCCUAGGGGAUUUAUCGUUGCUGCUAAUAAUGGAGUUACUUCUCUCAAUACCGAACAUCCUCUAGCAGGUUAUGUUCCUGGAAAUCCUCGUGCUUCUCGUAUUAACGAUUUGCUCACAAAAUUGAUCCAAGAAAAGACAGGAAAAAUUGAAUAUAAGGAUAUGAUCAAUAUUCUAGAAGAUACAUUGGACAAUGCAGUAAAGCAUAAGAAAGUUGAGUUAAUUCAAGCAGUCCAUAAUCACUUCAAGGUGCACACCCAUCUAAAUGUUCUUAGAACACAGCAAGUUCUUUCUCAGUUAGCAAAAUGGGAUGGAAGCUUUGAUGCUGAUCUUGAAGCACCUACAUAUUUCUCAAUGUGGGAAUAUUACCUCAUUAGUAACAUCCUGAGUGACCAAUUCAAAGAUCAGGAUCUCAAAAUGGAACUUUUAUCACACCCUUUUACAGAGAAAUUCCUUCUGAGGUUCUACAGAGGAGUCAAUAGAGAGGACAACUACAAGCCUGAGUACUGCACAAGCUUUGAUAACCAGAUGAUUGAGAAAUUUAGAAAGAUAGAUGGCAAGGACACAACAGAGGUUGAUUCAUGAGCCGAGCUAGUCACCCUUGCUUUAGAAAAAGCAAUAAAUUAUCUUGAUAAGGAAAAAGAGAAAAGAUCUAUAAAAUGGGGAGACUUCCAUCCCUAUUUCUAUGUAAGUUUGCCUUUCUCUAUGACGCCUUUGGCAUCAUGGUUUGAGAGGUAUACUCCUGGAGGAGGAAACAUCAACACAAUUAAAUACUCUCUUUCAAGAUACGAGCUAUUUGACGGGACUCUAAAAAGUAUAAGUUCGGCAAACUAUAAAGUUAUUAUCGAAUUUGGAGGAGACUAUCACUAUUCUAUUGACACAGGAUUUAGUGAAAAUCCUCUCUCUAGUCAAUACUUCGAUUGGAAUCCAAGACAUAUGAAGUCUGAUCUUGCCACUCUUGUCAAAGGGGAAGAGUUGAAGAUAUUAAGGAAGGAAAUCCUGAUGACAGAUGAUCUCUAGUUUAUUUCAAUACCAA